AUGUCUGAGCCAAAUCAUCCUCUCGCCAGCCGAUUUGCUGCUGCUGAUGUUUAUGAAAAAUUGACCGGCGGCUGGCCUGCCCGUGUCGCUAAAAAUCUCAUUGCGAACCUUCCCGUUCCAAUCACUCCGAAAUCCAAGAUUUUUGAUAACUGUUGCGGAUCUGGCGCAGUUACUACGGCCAUAAUCAACUCUACCCAUCAAAAAGGAUUUAUUCCUAAGAUCAAUGCCACCGACCUCUCACCUGGCAUGGUUGACCAUGUCUCAAAGCUCUUCAAUGACUUCCCCGAAAUUGAAACCAAGAUCAUGGACGCUCAAAAGCUUGAGUUCGCUGAAAACUCCUUUUCUCACAUUAUCUGUGCUUUCGGUGUUUUCUUUUGUCCAGACUAUGAAGCCGGGUACCGUGAAAUGUACCGUGUCGCGGCACCAGGAUCCGUGACUGUUAUCACCUCCUGGAAGGUAGUCGGGUGGCUACCACUGGUUAAUUACGUCAUCAAGAAGGUCAGGCCAGAUCAAGAGGACUGGACCUUCCCGGCUCCUCCAGGGUUCAAGGAAAACGAAUGGGUCAAGGAAAGGAUGCUGGAGGCGGGAUGGAAGGAUGUGGAAGUUCGGGAGGUUGAGGAUUAUACUUCUACGACAUCGGAAACCGGUGAUGCUUUGAUUUCUAUUGUGAAAGAUGCAUUUGAAGGUUGGACUGACGAAGAGAAGGCAAGGUGGGGUCCUCUUUUCGUGGAAGCUGCGAAAGUUUAUGGGAUUCCAGAAACGUCGGAAGGUGGUUGGAAGUUAAGGAUGGUUGCUUUGGCUGCAACCGGGAGAAAGUAA